AUGGCCAAUCCCUUUCUCAUGGACGACGACCUGGAUGGCGGCGAUCUGGCCGCCAAUCCCUUUCUCAUGCAAUCAGAACCGGAAGACGCCAGCACGGAUAAUCCCUUUGGCUCGAAUGCUUCUAAUGCCUCAGCCUCAGGAGCCUCCAAUCCCUUUGCCUUUGGUGGCGAUGAACCCGAUGAACCCGAAGCCGAGGCAGAGGCACCACCACUCAAUGAUCUAGAUCCGGCAAUGAGCUUCUUUGGCACCACCAUCGAGGCAGAAGAUGAUGCCCUCAGUCUCAAAUCAGCAGCUGGAGAAGAGGAUGCCGCCCAAACCCAAACCCAAACCCAGACCCAGACCCAACCACACCCGCCACCAAGACCACAGGCACCGCCGCAGAGCACCCAAGAUCUAAUCAGUACGGUUUCCAGUCAGCUGGAGGAGACCAGCUCGGAGCUAUUGGGCCGCAUACCGGCCACCCGUUCGCCCAGUCCCGUCUCCAUGCGGGAUCUCCAUUCGCCCAGUCCCACGCCGGACUCGGGAUUGGCUGAUCUCCUCGAUGUCUCCAUGGACAGUGGCUCCAGUGCCCAGGGUGGUGUGGUGGAUACCGAUUUAAUGGGUAAUGCUGCUUCCACUGGAAUGGUUACCCCGCUGGACAAUCCCUUUGCGGUGCCAACAGCUUUGCCUAAUAUUCAGGCAGCCACACCCAUGCCGGCAUCACCGGUGAAGCAACCACCGCGUCCGCCACCGCCGCGUCCAGCACCGCCACGUCCCAUGCCACCGGGUCAGGCGGCGGCGGCGGUAGCGGCGCCACAACGACCACCGCCACCGCAUCCUGUGGCGGCACCUGCUCCCCCGCCCGCUGCCGAGGCGGAUGAUCUGCUGGACAUGUUUGGCACCACGACCGGCAAGCCGGCCAAACCGCCGCCACCCAAAACAAAGGAGGAUAUCCUGAGUCUCUUUGAGCAGCCAGCAGCACCGCCGGCACCCAAGCCGGAUUUACUUCAUGAUGAUCUCCCAGUGGAGGAAGUAACUCCCUCAGAUGCCGUGGAUGAGGAGAAUCCCGAUGGCACUGGAUCGAGGGAUGAGCCAAUCUUUACCUCGCUGCUAACCCGACCGGAUGAGAGCACCCAUGACAUUACAUCGCAACCGCAGGCGGCCACUGGGUUGGAGCGACAGGCGAAUCAUAUGACGGCACCGCCGGAAACGGCCAGCAGGCAGCGAGCUCCAACGCCGGAUAUUGAGAUAACCACGGUGGAGGAUCUGCCGCGUUCGGAUGAUGAGGAUGAAGAGCCGGAGGUUAAGGUGGUAACAGAGCCAGAACCGGAACCAGAACCUGAACCAGAUGCGGAGAUGAUUAUAGCUGAACCGGAUGUGGUGGCGGCAGCAGCAGCAGCUUUCGAACCGGAAGCGGUAGAGGUAGCGGAAGCGGAAGUGGAAGCCCAACCGGAACCCGAGCAAAUGGACACUGGUCUGGACUUUCCAAUGGCCAGUGGCCAGCUAUCCGCCAAUCCCUUUGCCAGUCCCGAGGAGGAAGAGGAGCCAGCCUUUGCCCCCGUGCCGGCGGCAGUUGUGGGUAAUAUAUUUUCGGUGGAUCCGGAACCGGAAAUGGAAACGGAGCCGGUGCCGGCGGCGGCGGAUGUGGAGCCCACGCCAGUGGUGGCCAGCUAUGCAAGCAAUAUAUUUGCUGUGGAGCCACAGCCCGCCGAUGAGUUUGAUGCCUUCUCGGCCAAGUUUGAUUCGGUGAAGAAGGACAAUAUCAGUAUCCUGGAUGGAUUUGGAGGAUCAGGAGCCAUAACGCCCACGGGCGGAGAUGCUUGGGGCGACAGUGCCUUCGGCUCUGCACCCAUCUCGGCCAGCGCCUUUGGCGAUGCCGGGACCUCGGCGGACGAUGGCUUCGGCAAUGAGGACGAUGAUUUCUAUGCCAUGCAGGCACCCGCCCGUGCCGAUUCCGUGGAAUCGGUGGACAAGGAAUUCAGCGUGGUCAUACGCCCCAAGGCCGAGGGUUCCGGCGGUGUGGCUCCCCAACUGGCGCCGCCACCAGUGCCGCCGGCAAGGACCACAAUAGCCGCCACAACAUCUUCAACAUCGCCACCGGCCACGGUGAAUCCCUUCGAGGAUGUCAGCGGUUUCCCAGCACCAGGUGCACCGCCCGAGGGUUCGGUCACAAGCAUGAAGCGCACCGAUUCCCAGGACACGCCACAGACGCCGCUCUACGACGAGGAUGUCUCCCAGCCGCUGGAAGAGUUCCCCCGCCUGCACUACGUCGGUCCCGGCUGGGAGAUGCAACUGCGUCAGCCGAACAAAAAGAAGAUCACCGGUCAGCGUUUCUGGAAGAAGAUCUUCGUUCGCCUGGUGAUCCAGAACGAUGUUCCAGUGGUGCAGUUGCUCAAUCAGGCCGGCGACAAGCAGCCCUUCCAGGAGCUGCCCCUCCAGCCCUCCUAUUCGGUCUCGGAGAUCGGAGCCCAGCAGUACGAUCAGUUUGGAAAGAUCUUUACGAUGAAGCUGCAGUACAUCUUCUACAAGGAGCGGCCCGGCGUGAGACCCGGCCAGGUGACCAAGGCCGAGAGGAUCACCAACAAGCUAACGAAGUUCGCACAAUAUGCCAUCGCUGGCGACUAUGAGGGUGUCAAGGAGUUUGGCAGUGAUCUCAAGAAGCUCGGUCUGCCCGUGGAGCAUGCUCCCCAGUCGUCGCAGCUCUUCAAGAUCGGUUCCAUGACCUACGAGGAUAUGAAACAGUUCUCCGUGUGCAUUGAGGAGGCGCUGUUUAAACUGCCAGCGCUAAGGGAACGUGCGUUGACCUACAAAAUGGAGGAGGUACAGGUGACAGCUGUGGAUGAGAUAACCGUGGAGCAGGAUAGCGAGGGGAAGAUUCUCAAGCAGAUUGCCCGAGUGCGUCUAUUCUUUUUGGCCUUCCUCACUGGUAUGCCCACCAUAGAGCUGGGCGUGAAUGAUAUGUGGCGGCAGGGCAAGGAGGUGGUGGGUCGUCAUGAUAUUAUACCGGUGGCCACCGAGGAGUGGAUACGACUGGAGGCCGUGGAGUUUCACAGUGUGGUCAAUCAGCAGGAGUAUGAGAGAACGCGAACCAUCAAAUUCCAACCGCCCGAUGCCAACUAUAUUGAACUGCUGCGCUUCCGCGUUCGUCCGCCCAAGAAUCGCGAACUUCCGCUCCAGCUGAAGGCCACCUGGUGUGUCACUGGCAACAAGGUUGAGCUUCGUGCCGAUAUCCUUGUGCCGGGUUUUACCUCCCGCAAGCUAGGACAGAUACCCUGCGAAGAUGUCUCGGUGCGCUUCCCCAUACCCGAGUGUUGGAUCUAUCUGUUCCGGGUUGAGAAGCAUUUCAGAUAUGGUUCUGUAAAGUCGGCACAUCGACGCACGGGCAAGAUCAAGGGCAUCGAACGCAUUCUGGGAGCCGUGGACACGCUGCAGGAAUCCCUAAUUGAGGUGACCUCCGGUCAGGCCAAGUACGAGCAUCAUCAUAGGGCCAUUGUGUGGCGAUGUCCUCGCUUGCCCAAAGAGGGUCAGGGUGCCUAUACCACCCAUCAGCUGGUCUGCCGUAUGGCCCUCACCUCGUACGAUCAGAUACCCAGCGAACUGGCGCCAUACGCAUUCGUGGAGUUCACCAUGCCCGCCACGCAGGUCUCGCAUACCACCGUGCGCUCAGUGAGUGUCCAGGAUUCGGAUGCCGAUGAGCCGCCGGAGAAGUAUGUCCGCUACUUGGCACGGCACGAGUACAAGGUUGGCAUCGAGACCACGCACGGCGAGUCCACGAACGCGUACCUGGCGGCAACGCGUCCAAUUCGCGAGGAGACGACGACCAGCUCGGCCCCAAAGCCGACGGCAUCUCCAGUUCCGCCCAGCGAUUCGGACACGGAUUCCAACUAAGCGAAAAAACGGAAACCGGAAACCGGAAAUAGGAAACCGUAAAAAUCAAAUCCCCAAAAAAAAAAGCAAAAACCGAAUGGCAGGGCAAACACAAAGCGGCUUUCUGUAGAUAUUCCUCGUGCAUGGUUUACCCAAAAAAAAAAAACAAAAAUCGUUCUUGUUAUAUACAUAUUAUAUAUACGCA